AUGUGUCCCACCCACAACGCCGACCCAGCUGCUCCUGUAGCAAAGGCCGAUAUGGUCGAAGUCCCUCUCGUCAACGGCGCCGCAAAGCCCAACGGGCUCAACGCCAAUGGAAAGCGGGGUACCUCCCACAAUCCAUCAAAUAGCAGGCCAAAGCCCACUAACCCAUAUGCCCCUCGCGCAUCCGACUUCCUCUCAAACAUCUCCAAUUUCAAUAUCAUCGAGAGCACGCUGCGAGAGGGAGAGCAGUUUGCCAAUGCUUUCUUUGAUACCAAGACCAAGAUCGCUAUUGCGAAGGCCCUCGAUGCCUUCGGUGUCGAGUACAUUGAGCUCACAUCGCCUGCUGCCUCAGAACAGUCCCGCGCGGACUGCGAGGCCAUCUGCAAGCUCGGCUUGAAGUCCAAGAUCCUCACCCACAUUCGUUGCCACAUGGACGACGCCCGCAUUGCCGUAGAGACAGGUGUCGACGGUGUCGAUGUCGUCAUCGGAACCUCCUCCUUCCUCCGCGAGUUCUCGCAUGGAAAGGACAUGGCCUACAUCACCAAGACCGCUAUCGAGGUCAUCGAGUACGUCAAGUCCAAGGGCAUCGAAGUCCGCUUCUCUUCAGAGGACUCUUUCCGCUCCGACCUCGUCGAUUUGCUCUCCAUCUACCAGACCGUUGACAAGAUCGGUGUAAACCGCGUCGGUAUCGCUGAUACCGUUGGCUGCGCCAACCCCAGACAGGUCUACGAGCUCGUCAGAACUCUCCGCGGAGUCGUCGGCUGCGACAUUGAGAUCCAUCUCCACAACGAUACCGGCAUGGCCAUUGCCAAUGCUUACACCGCGCUCGAGGCUGGUGCCACCCACAUCGAUACCUCUGUCCUCGGUAUUGGCGAGCGUGUCGGUAUCACCCCUCUUGGAGGCCUCAUCGCCUGCCUCUACGCCGCCAACCCCGAAUACGUCAAGUCCAAGUACAACCUCCCCAUGCUCCGCGAGAUUGAGAACUUGGUCGCUGAGGCCGUCGAGGUCAACAUCCCCUUCAUGAACCCCAUCACUGGUUACUGCGCCUUCACGCACAAGGCUGGUAUCCACGCCAAAGCCAUCCUCAACAACCCCAGCACAUACGAGAUCCUCAAGCCUGAAGAUUUCGGUCUGACGCGCUACGUCUCCAUCGGACACCGCCUGACAGGCUGGAACGCCGUCAAGUCGCGUGUCGAGCAGCUCGGCCUGCAGCUCACCGACGCAGAGAUCAAGGACGCGACGUCCAAGAUCAAGGAGCUCGCCGACGUGCGCACGCAAUCCAUGGACGACGUCGACUCCCUCCUGCGCGUGUACCACUCCGGCAUCCAGUCUGGAGAGCUUGCCGUUGGACAAAAGGAGGCCCUCGAUAGGCUGCUCAAGAAGCACCACGACGAGGCGCACGGUCGCCAGUCGAGCCCUUCGCGCGAGAGGGAGGAGGUGGCUGCUUAA